CCCGCAACUUCCGGGGGCGGUGCUACUCGGGACAUGACGGAAGAUGGCUGGAUGCUGAUUCCUUCCGGAGGUGCCGCUAUACCCGCGAUUACGGGCCGCUCUUCCCUAGCGGCGCUUGACGGGCUGCCGCCGCCGCCGCCGCCACUGCUCUUGCACUCCGUAUGUUUGCGAGAUGGCGGCCGAGAUCCACUCGCGGCCUCAGAGCAGCCGGCCUGUCCUGCUGAGCAAGAUCGAGGGACACCAGGACGCGGUUAGCGCCGCGCUCAUCAUCCCCAAGGAGGACGGCAUCAUCACCGCCAGCGAGGACAGGACAAUUAGAGUAUGGCUGAAGAGAGACAGUGGCCAAUACUGGCCCAGCAUUUACCACACAAUGUCAUCUCCUUGUUCAGCUAUGGCUUACCAUCACGACAGCAGACGGAUAUUUGUUGGCCAAGAUAAUGGAGCCAUUAUGGAGUUUCACAUCUCAGAAGACUUUAAUAAGAUGAACUUUGUCAAGACUUACCCAGCUCACCAGAACAGAGUGUCUGCUGUCAUCUUUUGUUUGGAAGCAGAGUGGGUUAUCAGCACCGGCCAUGAUAAAUGCGUUAGCUGGAUGUGUACCAGAAGUGGAAACAUGCUAGGACGACACUAUUUCACGUCCUGGGCUUCUUGUCUCCAAUACGACUUUGAAACCCAGCACGCCUUUGUUGGCGACUACUCUGGACAGAUCACGUUGCUGAAGCUUGAACAGAGCACAUGCUCAGUGAUUACAACUCUCAAAGGACAUGAAGGAAGUAUUGCUUCCCUCUGGUGGGAUCCUGUUCAGCGGUUACUCUUCUCUGGAGCUUCUGACAACAGCAUAAUUAUGUGGGAUAUUGGUGGAAGGAAAGGCCGGACGCUGCUGCUUCAAGGCCAUCAUGAUAAAGUGCAGGCCCUUUGCUACCUCCAGCUUACACGACAGUUGGUUUCUUGUUCAGCUGAUGGGGGGAUCACAAUCUGGAAUAUGGAUGUUAGCAGAGAAGAGGCCCCUCAGUGGUUGGAUAGUGAUUCGUGUCAGAAAUGUGAACAGCCUUUCUUCUGGAACAUAAAGCAGAUGUGGGACACAAAGACACUGGGACUGAGGCAGCAUCACUGUAGGAAAUGUGGCCAGGCAGUAUGUGGCAAGUGCAGCACUAAACGCUCCAGCUAUCCCAUAAUGGGCUUUGAAUUCCAGGUCCGGGUGUGUGACUCCUGUUUUGACUCAAUCAAGGACGAAGAUCGGACUUCUUUGGCAACUUUUCAUGAAGGAAAACAUAACAUUUCCCAUAUGUCAAUGGACAUCUCACGAGGGCUUAUGGUGACAUGUGGAAGUGAUCGUGUAGUGAAGAUAUGGGACAUGACACCGGUUGUGGGUUGUGGCCUUGCAACUGGCUAUGCCUCACGCUAAUCUAGGCCUGCCAGAAUAUACUACCUUACACACCAAAUGGAUACACUCUCUUCUGUGACAUUUACCACAAAAAUGCUGGCUACUUGACUCCGUAAAAGCUUUUUUUCUCAAGAUGGGACAGCCACCAUUUUGUGGAGCAGAAUUCUUCUUUAAGGUUUACCAGGAAUAGCAGAGUAUACUUAACUGCAAGUUCACCACCUGUGGAACAAAUACAGAAAACAUCUGAUGAAGAAAAACUGCUCUGAUUUGAUUUAUUUGUAGUGUUUAAUGUGCUGUUCUCUGCUGAAAUAAUACUGUAUAGUAAGGGGUUAAAAUGGGUAUAAUGGCAAGAAGACAUGCACAAGUAGGAGUAACUUAUUCUCAGUCCUUAUAAACCAUCGCUGUAGACUAAUGUUGUUUUAUGAACAGGCAUUGUGAAGGCUUGCUCACAGACAUUUAGUAUGAGUUUGCCUGCAGGAAAAAGUAAAUAAAUAAAUCCUUUCCCGGCAGCACUGCAGUAAGGAUGAGAAUGUUUUUGGACUAUUUUUUACAAAAUCUGCUGUUUUUCCCUUCAGAUGUGUUCAUACUGUGAGAAAAGUAUCUCCAGGUAGUCUUGAGUAGAUUUUUGUAUAUGAUAAAAUACCAAAAUCACAACAAUGCAGUUUUCUGUAAUAAUAAAAGCAAACUGAUUCAUUGCAUUGUAUGCCAUGUAUGUACAGAUAUGUUCCAGUGGAAUCUUAAUGACAUUGACAGUCAACAUACUUUGAAUGAAACAGCGUUGUGUUCUUCUGUUGGCUAUGAAACACUGAGUUGUGUGCUUUCCCACUUCAGUGGAGUCUUAAUGAAGUAGUAAGAGCCAUCUUGAUCUCAAAGUCAGUACUAAACAUGAUUUUUGAACCAUCUCAAUAAUAACUAGCAUCAUACAUUUGGACUCUUACAGUUAAAUGUUUUAGGAAUGAGUAGUCAUGGAAAGUUAUGGGUUUAAAAUACUGAUUUACCGUAUGUUGUGAAUGAAGGUGAUUUAUUUGUUACACUACAAAAUUAUAAGUUAGAAAAUGUCACCUGAGCGUCAGCUCAAGUCAUCACUCCAUUCUUUCUGAGGGUUACAUCAUUACUAUUUUUUACCUUUCAAUUCUGAGAGGAAGUAUAGCUUUCUUUAAAUAUAUGAGCUCACCAGAGUCAACGAAAUGAAAUGACUGACUAUUAGUUGCCUGGCAGCCAGUUAAGGUCUAGGACAAAAUAAGUUCCUUUAGGCUACGAUAUGGACUGCUCAAGCUCCCUCCAAGUGGAGAGCAGUAUCUCUUCUCCUAUUGUACAUUAUGCUGAUUCUUUGUAAGGGAUCCUUACUGGGGGGGAAAUAAUUCUAACAAGAAAAGGAUUUUCCCCUUGUUUCUGGAAAAGUCGUUGUUGAAAUGUGAGUCCCUUGAGUGAACAGUUGGAUCAACUGUUCCAUCUUUUAUAGCCUUCUAUAUGUUAAAGGGAUAUAUAUAUAUAUAUGAGGAAGAAAAACAUAAUAAUUUGAAAUGUUAUUUGAAGGUGAGACAAUGUUUUUCCAAAAUUUGUCAUAAAAUAGGGAUGAAUCAAUGUUACAUGCUACUGCUUUAUGACUUAUUGAUUUCUUGGCUAUAGACUGAAACUUCAGAAAAGAUACACAGUUGUUCCUAAGUUUCUGAGUUAAUAUAAAAUUCCAUUUUGAAGGGGGAAAGGAGGAUUAGAUAUGACAAGAAUCACAUAUUUUAGCAGUAUUCCUUGCAUAGUAGAUUAAAGAAGAGUAACCAUGAAUAGAAUAUUCUUCCUCUGAGUUGAUGAAUUCACAGGGCUGAGAAAAUGACCCUAUGGACUGGUAAAUUCAUACAACUAAAUGCCUUAUUGGAUUAUAUAUAAGUGAAGCAUAAGGUCUAUGGUUUAAACUAGAAUUAUUUUCUUCACCUUGGUGCCAGAAAGCUCAUUUUAUCUGGAAAUGUGUAUCUGUAUUUUUAAAAAAUCAUCUGACUUUGUUUGUUACCUUCCCUUUUCCCAUUAAAAUGACUGAUCUUUCACACAUACCCUCCUUGCCAAAUUGGGGUAGCUUAUUUGCAUCUGGUAAACACUCAGCACCUGUACUGAGUGUACGAAGUAGAAUCUCUUAAGAGUAUAAACUUCAGAAUAACAGCUUUCACCUCUUGGUAAUUGUGCUCAUUAUCUUCCAUUAAUAUUUUCCUGAAGGGUGCUGAGUUUGCCUCCUGACUGAGUGAAUAUAUGUAUUUUGUGGCAAGUAAGAAAGUGUUGGCUCAGCUAAAUACAUUCAAGAACAUUAAACAGUCUGAAUAUUUCUGAACAGAAGUUCUCUAGCAAAGUCAUAGACCUCUGCUGAAGGCUGUGGCCUAGCCCAGAUAUUCUGUAAAUAAGUGUACUCCAUAUGUAGUGAAGGGAAUGUGCUAAUCGUGCCCAUUCUGUGAUUAUUUUCAAUAUGUGAAAGCAAUAUUCACAUAUAUGUGGGUUCUGUAUAUAAGCCAAAAACCAAUUUUAAUAUAUGUUCUGGCUCACUUGAGAAAGCCUGCAUGGAUACAACAGCCUCCUCCUUUCAGACUGUUGCUUUUGCAAUUUGAAAGCAGUAAUGGAGGGGACAGGACUAGCCUGCUUCCUUCACUUUCUGUGAACUGCACACGUUUACAGAAUACCUGGCUAAUUUUUAUAUAUUAAAAAAAAUGAUGUGAACGGGAGGAAACAACUCAUGCUGUGCGCUGUAACAGUGACUGUCCUUGUCAGUUGAAAUGUGUAAUUGCUUAAAUUUGACUUUACAUACAUACCCCAUUUCUUCCCGUUCUUCAUGGCAGAGCAACAAGUACUGAUGUUUUUGUCCAGUCGCUAUGCUCUUGUGAAAGACUGUAUCAUCCCUUUUCUGAGGCGCUAGUAAUGCUGUCUGUUGUUUUUCCCUCCUGUCUUUUGAAAAAGAAUUUGAAUGUUGUACAAUAAAUAAAAAAAGUAUUUCCUGAUAGUAA